GAGAUGGCUAAUCUCAGUUCUACCUGUGAUGAACUAUAUGAAGAAUAUAGAAAUAUUCUUCCUGGCAUCUCUGCAGAACAAACUAAACAGAUCGAGGCUGCUAUCAAAGCAGGAAACUUCUUAGAAGCAGCUUCCGUGGUGCAGACAUUUAAGAAUUUGUCAGGCGUUGAGUUCAAUAUCGCCAUCACAGGGGAGCCGGGAUCUGGCAAAUCAUCUUUGGUCAAUGCCAUUCGGGGCCUGGCAGAUGAAGACGAAGGUGCUGCUGAGACUGGUGUGGUGGAAAUGACCAAAGAACCAGUAGCAUAUCGUCAUCCUACCUGUCCCAUGGUGACCUUCUGGGACCUGCCAGCAAUUGGGACCCCAGAUUUUCGGCCAGACGCUUAUCUGAAACAAGUGAAGUGCAGCCAUUACGAUGUUUUUAUAAUCAUCGCUUCAGAGAGGAGUAGAUUCUGCCACACCAAGCUGGCCCAGGAGAUCCAGAAGAUGGGAAAGAAGUUUUUCUUUGUACGCUCCAGGGUGGACUUGGACCUGUAUAAUGAGAAACAUAAAAAGAGCUUCAACGAGGAGAGAACCCUGGAGAAAAUCAGAAACAACUGCGUCUACAACCUGUCCAGAGAAGGGAUGAGUUCCCCGCAGGUUUUCCUUGUCUCGAGUAGGGAAUUUCAGAAAUAUGAUUCUCCACAGCUGCAGAAGACUUUGCUAAAGGAAUUCUACAACCACAAGACCGAGAUGUUUGCGGCCACUGAAGGCCCCAGGGGCAAUCG